AUGUCAGACUUUCUUUUGAAAAUCACAGGUAUCUCGAAGGCGACCGAUAGUACGGGAGAGAGGCGACGGAAAUUCAUGGUGAUCUAUACCAUAGCUGCACUCGUUUACGGCGUGUACGUGAACGUCGUGGAUAUUUAUCAUAACUUGCAUAAUUUGGACGUGACGAACAUUGCAAACAAUGGUUCAGAGAGGUUACUUCCGUUCAAAAUGUGGGUCAAUCUACCAUUAACCGUGACACCUUAUUAUGAAAUAAUGUUCGCCAUCGAGGCAAACAUAUCUUCCGGGAAACGACUUAUAUUUUUUUUCCACAUGAUCGGUAGCUUUGCCCAUAUAAUUUUCUUCACAUAUAUCUGCCAUAGUUUGGUAGAAGAAAGUACGAAUGUUAGCAUAGCGUCGUAUUCGGGAUGGUGGGUGUGUCUGCCAAUGAGCAAAACAGGCAAAAAGAUACGAAAGGAUAUGAAGAUGAUGAUGAUGAAAGCGAUGCGACCGUGUCAACUGACCGCCGGAGGAUUCUUUCCUGUGACUUUGGAAACAUCUACCGCGCUUAUAAGCUCGACGAUGUCAUACUUUGCUCUCAUGAGGGAAUCGUCUAUGAGAAUAGCGGAGCAAUAA